AUGAGUGACUUACCAUAUCUAAAAGGCGUGCGCACACGCUACUUUAAUUUCCUUGAGAAGGAAUUACGGACUGGAGAUAAUUUAUUAGAAACAAGUAUUGAGAGCAAAAGCCCAGAAGAAUACAAGCAGCUGGAGCAUUCUGUCAAUGAAAGUAAACUUAAGAUUGAUAUUUAUAUAGAUAAGCUUACUGUUCAGUCAGAAAAGGUAGCGCGUGCAAUUGGUGAUUCAGAUAGUGAAUUUAUUCAGGAGAUGAUUGAAAUUGAUUCGGUCUUGAUUGAUAGGGCUUUGUCGAUAGCCUUUAAACUGAAAAAUGUACAGACCGACCUGAAAAGCAAAAUAGCAGAGAAUAUUAUGAAAGAGGAGUCGGACGAAGAAGGAUCAGCUUUACAAAAAAUGUGUGAAGUUCAGAUGAAACUUCAACAAGCCUUCUUUGAACAUCAGCAAGAACGGGCAGAAGAGCAAAUGAAAAUGCAACAGAAAUUCUUUGACAAGCAACACAGUCUCAAAAUUAAGAGUGAGAAUACUGUCAAAUUGCCAAAGUUAGACAUAGUUUCCUUCAAUGGAAAUAAACUGCAAUGGAUGGAAUUUUGGGACUCUUUCUCUAGUGCUGUACAUGAAAAUGACAAUCUGUCGCCAGUUGACAAGUUCAACUAUUUAAAGGGAAAGUUGGUUGGAGAAGCUAGAGGUGCUAUCGCUGGACUGACAUUAUCUAAUGAAAACUACGGUAUUGCCAUAACAAUUCUAAAGGAAAGAUUUGGAGAUAAACAAGACAUUAUAGAUUUGCAUUAUAAGGGGCUGGUGAACGUUGCAUCCGCUAAAGAUACAACUGAAAGUUUGCGAUUCUUUUAUGACAAAAUACAAAAGCACUUGAGAAGUUUGGAGGUUAUGCAAGAGAGUUUGGAGCAACAAGUGUUCGUAUCAAUUAUUCGGAGCAAACUACCAAGUGAAGUUCUUAUGCAUCUUGAAGUACAAAAGGGUGCAGACAAUAAGUGGACGUUAACCAAGCUUCGUGAGUUUCUCAGACAGUAUAUUGUAUCCAGAGAAAAGUCAGACAGACCGAAACCAGUCAGUGCUAAUUUUGUAUCUGAUAGAAGAGUUAACCCACAGUUUCAAAGAUCAACAAAUACUUUUAAGAGCUACAGGGGUAAUCCAACAACAAGUAACACUACCGGAGCUCUGACUGCAUAUGACAAGAAAGGACAUACGCCUCUAACACAUCAUCAAAAACAACAACAACAUAAGAGAAUAUGUAGAUUCUGUAGUAAAAAUCAUUGGAGUGACGAAUGUCCGAAAAGCUUAUGCCCUGAAAAAUUUAGAAAGGCAUCUCUGCAAGAAAGUGUAAAUUUGUUAGAAGAAGUAGCAUGUGUGUCUGAAGAUAGAGCAAAACCAAAGGAAAUUCUUAGAAAUUCUACGGAUGAUAAAGCUUGUAUUGAAAGUGCUUUGUUAUCUUCUAAUGAAAUAGUGAUGAUGCAAACAUCGCGCACUGAGAUUAGUGAUCCAGACGGUCAAAAUAAAAAGAAAGUAAGAAUCUUAUUAGAUUCAGGGUCGCAAAGAACAUACAUAACUGAGAGACUGGCUAAAUCUUUGAACCUCAAGAAGAAAAGUAGGCAAGAGAUUCGUCUAGUUACAUUUGGGAGUGACAAACCUAAAGUGAUUAGAACCAUGUCUACGCAAUUGAAUAUUCAAUUAAAGGAUGGACAGAAUUUCGCUAUAACAGCAAAUAUUGUUCCAACAAUUACAGGAAGCAUUCAAAGAAAACCAGUGUCUAUAUCUAAUAACGGAGAGUUCAAAUCGUUAAUCAAGAAUCUUACUCUAGCGGAUGAUAUACCGACUGAAAGAAUACACAGAUUCUAUUGA